AUGGAUACGUCGUACCCCCGUGGGGAACAUCUACCUAUGACAGCCCGUGGCUCAGAGCCCAGCUCCGCUACCGUGAUCCCCAUGGGGGCCCCGCGCCCCCCGAGAGACCACUUGAUUUGGUCCGUCUUCAACACUCUCUACUUGAAUCUCUGCUGCUUGGGCUUCCUGGCCCUGGCCUAUUCCAUCAAGGCCCGGGACCAGAAGGUGGCUGGGGAUCUGGAAGCGGCGCAGCGCUUUGGAUCCAAGGCCAAAUGCUAUAACAUCCUGGCGACCGUGUGGACGCUGCUGCUGCCCUUGCUGCUCGUGGCCCUGGUGGUGACUGGAGCCCUACACCUGUCCCGCCUGGCCCAGGGCUCCAUGAGCUACUUCAGCGUCAAGUUCAACGAGGCGGAUUACGACUGA